UCACGGUUGACAAUCUCUGGUGGAUGUGACGUGUAAAUUUUUCUACAGCAAUUCCUCUAAAAUUGCAAAUUAGUUCUUUAUCUAUUUAAAGCUGAAAUAUAAAUAUUUAUAAAAAAAAGAAUUAAUAUGGGUUCCUUCCGCCGUGAUAAAGAUGACGAAGAUGAAGGUACCACCAACAUCUAUCAAAAUUUGGAGAAAACGUCAGUUUUACAGGAGACCCGUACUUUUAAUGAUACGCCGGUGAAUCCACGCAAAUGCAUUCAAAUUCUUACCAAAAUCCUCUACUUGAUCAACCAGGGUGAACAACUGGUAGCACGCGAAGCCACUGAUUGCUUCUUUGCCAUGACAAAAUUGUUCCAAUCCAAGGAUGUGGUAUUGCGCCGCAUGGUGUAUCUGGGUAUCAAAGAACUCAGCUCCAUCGCAGAAGAUGUAAUAAUUGUAACAAGCUCAUUGACGAAAGACAUGACCGGCAAGGAGGACUUGUAUCGCCCGGCCGCAAUACGCGCACUUUGCAGCAUUACCGACAAUACGAUGUUGCAGGCGGUUGAGCGUUAUAUGAAGCAAUGCAUCGUCGACAAGAACCCAGCAGUUUCAUGUGCUGCACUAGUAAGCUCAUUGCGCUUAGCCAGCACCGCCGGAGAUGUAGUGAAACGUUGGGCCAACGAAGCACAAGAGGCGCUCAACAGCGACAACAUAAUGGUGCAAUACCAUGCACUGGGUCUGCUUUAUCACAUUCGGAAGUCGGACCGUUUAGCCGUGUCUAAGCUGGUGAACAAGUUGACACGCAAUUCUAUGAAGAGUCCCUAUGCAGUUUGCAUGCUGAUUCGUAUUGCCUGCAAACUUAUUGAGGAAGAAGACAUCUCUGCCGAAGAUAUGUCGAACUCGCCAAUGUUCACUUUCAUUGAAACGUGCUUGCGUCACAAGAGCGAAAUGGUUAUCUAUGAGGCAGCGCAUGCCAUUGUCAACCUCAAAAACACCAAUGCACGCGUACUAUCACCCGCAUUUUCCAUUUUGCAACUCUUCUGUAGCUCACCAAAAGCUACUUUGCGUUUUGCGGCCGUGCGCACACUCAAUAAAGUUGCAAUGACUCAUCCUGCUGCUGUCACCACAUGCAACUUGGAUCUUGAAGGGCUUAUAACCGACUCUAAUCGCUCUGUCGCUACAUUGGCUAUUACAACUUUGUUGAAAACUGGCGCUGAAUCGUCGGUAGAGCGUUUAAUGAAGCAGAUUUCUUCAUUUGUUGCAGAAAUUUCGGACGAAUUCAAAGUUGUUGUCGUACAGGCUAUUUGCGCACUUUGCUCCAAAUAUCCACGCAAGCACACUGUGCUCAUGAAUUUCCUUAGCGGUAUGUUGCGUGAAGAAGGCGGCUUGGAAUACAAAACAUCAAUCGUAGACACCAUCAUUACGAUUAUUGAGGAAAAUGCGGAAGCCAAAGAGUCGGGUCUCUCGCAUCUUUGUGAAUUCAUCGAAGACUGCGAGCAUGUUUCGUUGGCAGUUCGUAUCCUUCAUCUACUCGGCAAGGAGGGUCCAUUUGCCAAUACACCAUCUAAAUAUAUUCGUUUCAUUUACAAUCGCGUCAUAUUGGAAAGUCCAAUAGUGCGCGCAGCUGCUGUUACAGCACUGGCACAAUUCGGUGCAUCUUGUCCUGCACUUAUAGACAACAUUCUUGUGCUGCUAAGCCGCUGCCAAAUGGACCCCGAUGAUGAAGUACGCGAUCGUGCCACUUACUAUUUACAAAUUCUAGUGACAAACGAUCCAGACCUUUAUCGAUAUUUCAUUAUUGAGCGUGAAACAUGCUCAUUGGUUUUGUUGGAGAAGGCAUUGAUAGAUCAUAUGAAUGGUGACUUGACCACUAGGUUUGAUUUGCAAAUUGUGCCGAAAACCAUUAUCAUCAAGGAGGAAGUCGCAAACGAAGCAAUGCUUAUUUCUAAUACACCACGCGCACCGAAGAUCACACGUGAGGAAGAAAGUGCAGCGCGCUUGUCUCAAUUGCCCGGUAUACAAGUUUUGGGACCCAUUCACCGAACAACACCACCCAUACAACUUACCGAAAGCGAAACUGAAUACACAGUGCAAUGCAUUAAACACAUAUUUGCCAAUCAUGUCGUAUUUCAGUUUGACUGUCUCAACACUUUGCCAGACCAAAUAUUGGAAAAUGUUCGUGUAGAGUUAACCAUACCGGAAGGAUUUAUCACACGCGCUGUUAUACCAUGUCCAAAGUUACCUUACAAUGACUUGCAGACGACGUUUGUUAUUGUUGAAUUUCCACCCGACAUUGCCAGCUCAGCGGCAACAUUUGGCGCCACCUUACGAUUUGUAGUAAAGGACUGCGAUCCAAAUACUGGCGAACCAGAUUCUGAUAAUGGCUACGAUGAGGAGUACAUGCUGGAAGAUCUAGAAAUAACAGUUGCGGACCAAAUUCAAAAGACGAAAAAGAGUAACUUUCAAGCAAUUUGGGAUGCCGCUGAUUCAGAAGAGUGGGUUGAAGCUGAAGAUACAUAUUCGCUGUCAGCUGUAAGCACACUGCAGGAAGCAGUAAAUUUAAUUUUGAAAUUCCUUGGUUUGGGCGCUGCCAAUCUAUCAGAGAACGUACCUGAGGGCACACAUACGCAUACAUUACUUUGCUCAGGCACAUUUAGAGGUGGACCAGAAAUAUUGGUGCGUUCUAAGCUAGCUUUAUCCGAUGGUGUCACAAUGCAGCUAACCGUACGCACAACAGAUCCAGAUAUAGCUGAACUACUGACAUCUGCCAUCGGAUAGAAUACACCCUGUUAGCUAAUAAACCGAAUAGAAACGUUAUUGUGCUGGUUAAGAUUAAAAUGAGAAUACCGUUGUUUCCAUUCGACAAUUUCAACAAUUUAAUUCCCUACAAAAAGUUACAUUUUUCGUUUGCUCUCAACACAAUUACAAUGCAAAAACGAAAAUUAUGUGAUACAACUGCAACUGCAAGGUUGAGAAUGCAUGCGAAAAGUGUGACUUGUUUAUGCCACAACACUUUAAUUACUAUCACAAUCUUCUCUAAAUCACUAGAAUGUAAGCAUAUAUAUAUUAAUACACAUUUUGCUGCUGGAAAUUAAGUGAUGUAUUUGUAGGAAAACAUCAAUGCGAGAGUGCCUAGUAGCGAUGACUGCACUCUGCGAACGUUUCAAUGUAAUUUUAUAAAUUUUAAAUAUUUCUCUUUAGUACAUUUUAGAUGUUUAUCACUAUUAAAAACAAAUGUAUUCCAUAUUUUGUAAACUUAAACAUGUACAUCUAUCUAUGUUUUGGACUUUUUGUUAUAAAUAAGUAAGAAUAUCACUAAUGCAAUUGAAUAUAACGGCAUUAAUGCUUCACUUGUAUUACUAUACCAUAUAUGCGAAUAAAUAUCAAUGAAAUAUUGUCAAACUCGUAA